AGAAUCGGAGAGCCGGUGGCGUCGCAGGUCGGGAGGACGAGCACCGAGUCGAGGGCUCGCUUGCCGGGGCCGCCCGAGAGUCUUAAUCGCGGGCGUUUGGGCCGCCAUCUUAGAUGGCGGGAGUAAGAGGAAAACGAUUGUGAGGCGGGAACGGUUUUCUGCUGCUUUUUUUGGGGCCCCGAAAAGGGUCAGCUGGCCGGGCUUUGGGGCGCGUGCCCUGAGGCGCGGAGUGCGUUUGCUACGAUGCGGGGGCUGCUCGGGGCUCCGUCCCCUGGACUGGGGACGCGCCGAAUGUGACCGCCUCCCGCUCCCUCACCCGCCGCGGGGAGGAGGAGCGGGCGAGAAGCUGCCGCCGAACGACAGGACGUUGGGGCGGCCUGGCUCCCUCAGGUUUAAGAAUUGUUUAAGCUGCAUCAAUGGAGCACAUACAGGGAGCUUGGAAGACGAUCAGCAAUGGUUUUGGAUUCAAAGAUGCCGUGUUUGAUGGCUCCAGCUGCAUCUCUCCUACAAUAGUUCAGCAGUUUGGCUAUCAGCGCCGGGCAUCAGAUGAUGGCAAACUUACAGAUCCUUCUAAGACAAGCAACACUAUCCGUGUUUUCUUGCCGAACAAGCAAAGAACAGUGGUCAAUGUGCGAAAUGGAAUGAGCUUGCAUGACUGCCUUAUGAAAGCACUCAAGGUGAGGGGCCUGCAACCAGAGUGCUGUGCAGUGUUCAGACUUCUCCACGAACACAAAGGUAAAAAAGCACGCUUAGAUUGGAAUACUGAUGCUGCGUCUUUGAUUGGAGAAGAACUUCAAGUAGAUUUCCUGGAUCAUGUUCCGCUCACAACACACAACUUUGCUCGGAAGACGUUCCUGAAGCUUGCCUUCUGUGACAUCUGUCAGAAAUUCCUGCUGAACGGAUUUCGAUGUCAGACUUGUGGCUACAAAUUUCAUGAGCACUGUAGCACCAAAGUACCUACUAUGUGUGUGGACUGGAGUAACAUCAGACAGCUCUUAUUGUUUCCAAAUUCCACUAUUGGUGAUAGUGGAGUCCCAGCACUACCUUCUUUGACUAUGCGUCGUAUGCGAGAGUCUGUUUCCAGGAUGCCUGUUAGUUCUCAGCACAGAUAUUCUACACCUCACGCCUUCACCUUUAACACCUCCAGUCCCUCAUCUGAAGGUUCCCUCUCCCAGAGGCAGAGGUCGACGUCCACACCUAAUGUCCACAUGGUCAGCACCACCCUGCCUGUGGACAGCAGGAUGAUUGAGGAUGCAAUUCGAAGUCACAGCGAAUCAGCCUCACCUUCAGCCCUGUCCAGUAGCCCCAACAAUCUGAGCCCAACAGGCUGGUCACAGCCGAAAACCCCCGUGCCGGCACAAAGAGAGCGGGCACCAGUAUCCGGGACCCAGGAGAAAAACAAAAUUAGGCCUCGGGGACAGAGAGAUUCAAGCUAUUACUGGGAAAUAGAAGCCAGUGAAGUGAUGCUGUCCACUCGGAUUGGGUCAGGCUCUUUUGGAACCGUUUAUAAGGGUAAAUGGCACGGAGAUGUUGCAGUAAAGAUCCUAAAGGUUGUUGACCCAACCCCAGAGCAAUUCCAGGCCUUCAGGAAUGAGGUGGCUGUUCUGCGCAAAACACGGCAUGUGAACAUUCUGCUUUUCAUGGGGUACAUGACAAAGGACAACCUGGCAAUUGUGACCCAGUGGUGUGAGGGCAGCAGCCUCUACAAACACCUGCAUGUCCAGGAGACCAAGUUUCAGAUGUUCCAGCUAAUUGACAUUGCCCGGCAGACGGCUCAGGGAAUGGACUAUUUGCAUGCAAAGAACAUCAUCCACAGAGACAUGAAAUCCAACAAUAUAUUUCUCCAUGAAGGCUUAACAGUGAAAAUUGGAGAUUUUGGUUUGGCAACAGUAAAGUCACGCUGGAGUGGUUCUCAGCAGGUUGAACAACCUACUGGCUCUGUCCUGUGGAUGGCCCCAGAGGUGAUCCGAAUGCAGGAUAACAACCCAUUCAGUUUCCAGUCGGAUGUCUACUCCUAUGGCAUCGUAUUGUAUGAGCUGAUGACAGGGGAGCUUCCUUAUUCUCACAUCAACAACCGAGAUCAGAUCAUCUUCAUGGUGGGCCGAGGAUAUGCCUCCCCAGAUCUUAGUAAGCUAUAUAAGAACUGCCCCAAAGCAAUGAAGAGGCUGGUAGCUGACUGUGUGAAGAAAGUAAAGGAAGAGAGGCCUCUUUUUCCCCAGAUCCUGUCUUCCAUUGAGCUGCUCCAACACUCUCUACCGAAGAUCAACCGGAGUGCUUCCGAGCCAUCCUUGCAUCGGGCAGCCCACACUGAGGAUAUCAACGCUUGCACGCUGACCACGUCCCCGAGGCUGCCUGUCUUCUAGUUGACUUUGCACCUGCCUUCAGGCUGCCAGGGGAGGAGGAGAAGCCAGCAGGCACCACUUUUCUGCUCCCUUUCUCCAGAGGCAGAACACAUGUUUUCAGAGAAGCUGCUGCUAAGGACCUUCUAGACUGCUCACAGGGCCUUAACUUCAUGUUGCCUUCUUUUCUAUCCCUUUGGGCCCUGGGAGAAGGAAGCCAUUUGCAGUGCUGGUGCGUCCUGCUCUCUCCCUACGUUCCCCAUGCUCAAGGCCCAGUCUUCUGUAGAUGUGCAAGUGGAUGUUGAUGGUAGUACAAAAAGCAGGGGCCCAGCCCAGCUGUUGGCUACAUGAGUAUUUAGCGGAAGUAAAGUAGCAGGCAGUCCAGCCCUGAUGUGGAGACACAUGGGAUUUUGGAAAUCAACUUCUGGAGGAAUGCAUGUCACAGGCGGGAGUUUCUUCAGAGAGUGGUGCAGCGCCAGACAUUUUGCACAUACGGCACCAAACAGCCCAGGACUGCCGAGACUCUGGCCGCCCGAAGGAGCCUGCUUUGGUACUAUACUAUGGAACUUUUCUUAGGGGACACGUCCUCCUUUCACAGCUUCUAACGUGUCCAGUGCAUUGGGAUGGUUUUCCAGGCAAGGCACUCGGCCAGUCCGCAUCUCAGCCCUCUCAGGGAGCAGUCUUCCAUCAUGCUGAAUUUUGUCUUCCAGGAGCUGCCCCUAUGGGGCGGGGCCGCAGGGCCAGCCUUGUUUCUCUAACAAACAAACAAACAAACAGCCUUGUUUCUCUAGUCACAUCAUGUGUAUACAAGGAAGCCAGGAAUACAGGUUUUCUUGAUGAUUUGGGUUUUAAUUUUGUUUUUAUUGCACCUGACAAAAUACAGUUAUCUGAUGGUCCCUCAAUUAUGUUAUUUUAAUAAAAUAAAUUAAAUUUAGGUGUAA